AUGGACUCCACAACACCUCCUUCCCUCCGUUCGAACCCUAGAUCCGCGUCGCGACUCGCUCGAGUCAACAACACUCUCAUCAAAUCCGACCGAGAAUCGCCGAUUCCGUCUCUCGAUUUGGUUCUAUCGUCUCCGAAGAAAUACGAUACUCCUUACCCAUCACCCGCUUCCCUCAUCAAUUCCCCGUCUUCUCCUGUCACUCUUCGAGAGAUCCUCCUCUUAUCUCCUUCCCCUCUCCGUAAAUCGAGAACUCGUUUAUCUAAUCGCUUCGACAUGGAAGCUGCGGAUGCGGUUGCGCGAAGGUACAAGACGAAGGGAGGGCAAAAUGGUCUUUUGGGAUCUGCUUCGCCGAGGAGCUGCCGGAGAUCGAGACGAAGGUCGGAGAUUGUGGUGGAAACGAAGGAAGAGAAGGAGCUUCCUAUUGUUGCCUUGACCGAUGAAAAACCACAAAAACCGAGAAAGCAGAAGAAGACUGGUCGAUCUAAGAAGGAGAAGCACAUUUCGAUUCCUUCGUUACCAUCUGAUCAAAAUGAAGAGGUAUGUCAAGGCGAUUUGGAGAGGAUCAGAGAGAAUCUCAGCGAUUUGAUCAUGUGGAGAGAUGUUGCGAAAUCGACGCUCUGGUUUGGUUUUGGAUGUAUAUGUUUCUUAUCUUCUUGCUUUGCUAAAGGAUUUCACUUUAGUGUUUUCUCAGCGAUCUCUCAUCUUGGACUUUUGUUUCUUGGUGUAUCGUUUUUGUCAAACACUCUACGCCAAAGGUUAACUGAAGAAGCAGUGCGGAGAGAGCUUAAACUGAGUGAAGAGGAUGUGUUACGAGUAGCUAGACGAAUGCUUCCAUUCACCAAUUUAGCGAUUUCAAAGACGAGCGAGCUUUUCUCUGGCGAACCAGCAAUGACACUCAAAGUUGCACCAUUUGUUCUACUCGGAGCUGAGUAUGGUUACCUCAUAACAUUGUGGAGGUUGUGUGCAUUUGGUUUUUUCCUCAGCUUCACCGUUCCAAAGCUAUAUUCUUGUUAUGCGAGUCAGAUUAACCAAAAAGUUGAAAGUGCACAAAAGAGAAUAGUUGAAGCAUGGGCGAUUUGCACACACAAGAAGUUCGUGGCAGGCUCUUUGAUUACUGCCUUCUGGAACCUGACUAGUCUCAAGAUCCGUGUUUUCACAGUGUUUAUCAUUGUGGUAGUAAUCAGAUACAGGCGGCAGAAUCUUCAGUUAGAUUCCAAGGAAGAGGAGAAGCAUCAAGAACAACAAACUCUCCCGGAGCAACAAGAAAAAUCACCGGAGGAAAAGUCACCGUCGCCACCACCGCAGCCAAUAGAGGAAGAGCAAGCAUUAGCGGUGGUCGCAGAACCAAAGAAGCUGUAG